AUGAGCAGCCGGCCCAGCCCUUCUCCUGCCAGGUGGUUCAAGGUUCUGCGCAGGACCAGGCUCGGGGAGCCAUGUUUAAAGACGUUCCCUCUGGAGUGUGUGGAUCUGCUGAGACGCGCCAGAGUUGCUUUUCAAGCUGGACGCAGCCUCAAGGAGAACUUCCGACUGGCCCAGCUGGAGGCUGUGGUGCAGAUGCUGGAGGAGCAUGAGUGUGACUUUGUGGAUUCUCUAAGAAGGGACCUUCAUAAGCCGAGGUUUGAGACGGUUGUGUCAGAACUGAUGCUUGUCAAGAAUGAGGCUCUUCACGCCAUCAACAACCUGAAGAAGUGGAUGCAGCCGCAGCACGUGGAGAGAAACCUGUUCACCACGCUGGACGAGUGUCUGGUGGUCAGUGAGCCGCUGGGGGUGGUGUUCAUCGUGGGGACCUGGUGCAGUCCUGUCCAGAUGUGUCUGGUGCCGCUGGUCGGGGCCAUCGCAGCAGGAAACUGUGCAGUCAUCAGUCCGUCUGAGUGCACCACUCACACAUCAGAGCUCCUCCAUCGCCUCUUCCCUUUUUACUUAGACAAUGAAUGCUUCCAUGUGAUUCUUGCAGGCACAAGCGACUUGCCUGAUGUUGUGGAACUUAAAUUUGAUCAUGUCUUCUUUACAGGAAGCAGAGAGGAGGGGAGCAGAAUAGCUCAGGCUGCAGCUCGCACUCUCACCCCUGUCACCCUGAUUUUGGGAGGCAAGAAUCCGUGUUAUGUGGACCAACACUGUGACAUCACCACCACGGCACAGCGUGUUGCUUGGGCACGUUUUCACAAUGCUGGGCAGAGCCUUGUGGCUCCGGACUACAUCCUGUGCCACGCAGAUGUCAAGGCACGGCUGGUGCAGGCCCUGAAGUGCUGCCUGAUGCAAUUCUACGGUAGUGAUCCCAAAGAGUCCCGCAGCUUUGGCCGCAUGGUCAAUCUGGAGAUCUUUAACCGUACAAGAGACGUGCUGUGGAGGUCGGGCAAGGUGGCUGUGGGUGGGCAGGUGAUAGAAGCAGAGAAAUAUAUUGCCCCGACAAUUUUGACAGAGGUGGCGGAAUCCGACUCCAUCAUGCAACAGGAUGUCUUUGGUCCAGUUCUCCCUGUUCUGGCUGUAAACGAUGUGGAUGAGGCAAUAACCUUCAUUAACAAGCAAGAGAAACCCCUCUGUGUGUAUGCAUAUUCCACCAACACUGAGGUUAUUUCGAGACUAAUGAGUGAGACUUCCAGUGGAAGCUUUUGCUCCAAUGACAGUGUCCUGCAGAGUCUGAUGGUGGCUCUGCCUUUUGGUGGAGUAGGUGCCAGUGGAAUGGGAUCCUGCCAUGGCCGCUACAGCUUUGAUACCUUCUCCCACAGGAAAUCCUGCCUGCUCCGAAGCACACGGUUUGAGUGUGUCACCUAUCUGCGUUAUCCACCCUACGAGGACCGCAAUCUGUCUCUAAUGGCAUGGGCCAGCACCUUGUCCCAGAAGAGCCAGGGCUGGUGCCAGAUCCUGUGA